GUUUACGCGCUUGCGUUGUAACAAUGGUAUCCUGCAAUUUGCUACCGCGACGUUCAGUCAAAAGUGUGCAGCUGAGGCAUCACCAUGCAUGAUCGAUCGUACAACCGAGUCGUCGUCGGCAAACUGAAGAACUUCCAUUUCAAAAGCGACAUAAAGUACACCUUGGAAAUGUGCCAGUGGGUCCUGAAACCUAUUGGCAUGUGGUCGCUAAUUUACAACCGUACCAGCAAACUAGAGAAAGUUACUUCUGUCGUUUUACUAAUAACAUGUUUUUGCUCAUUGUUCUUCAUCAUCGUACCGUCCGGUCACUACAUCUUCUUCGUGGAGAAAAACAUACAGACGAAAGUAAAGUUGCUCGGUCCAGUCGGCUUCUGCCUGUCGUCCGCGAUUAAAUACUGUUACCUCAGUCUGAAAGGUGCAGUCUUCGGACGUUGCAUCGCACACGUGGAAAAGGACUGGAGGAUGGUGAACAACCCCAAUGAUCGCACCAUUAUGUUAAAGUACGCAUCCAUCAGUCGGAAUCUCAUCGCCUUGUGCGCCAUUUUUCUUUAUAGCGGCGGUAUGUCCUAUCACACCGUGAUGCAAUUCUUAUCCAAAGACAGGAUCAACUCCACCGUAAAGCCGUUGACUUAUCCUGGCUACGACGCGUUGUUCGACACUCAGUCCAGCCCAUCCUACGAGAUCGUGUUCUCCAUUCACUGUUUAUCCGCCAUGGUCAUGUACAGUGUUACAACGGCUGCGUACAGCUUGGCCGCAAUUUGUGUUACGCAUAUCUGCGGACAAAUUCGUAUACAGAUAUCUCGUCUGGACAACUUGAUUAAAAGUGAACAGAAGAAAGAUAACCGUCACGACCCUUUAGCCGACAUUAUACGAGAUCAUGUCGAGAUUUUGAGCCUUUCUAAAAACACUGAAGAAGCGCUCCGUGAAAUAUGUUUUAUGGAAAUCGUGGAGUCUACGCUAAUUAUAUGUUUGCUCGAAUACUAUUGCUUAGUGGAAUGGGAAAAUAGCGACGUGGUUGCAAUAUUGACGUACUUUAUUUUACUCGUCUCAUUCACUUUCAAUAUAUUGAUAUUUUGUUACAUCGGCGAAGUUCUAUCCGAAGAGUGUAGCCAAAUAGGUCCAGCUGCCUACGAUAUCGAAUGGUACGAUUUACCAGCAAAGAAAGCUUCCGGUCUUAUUCUAGUGAAUGCUAUAUCGCUUUAUCCGCCUAAACUUACAGCCGGGAAAAUAGUGGAUCUGUCUCUGAAUACGUUCACCACUGUAGGUGACGUAUUCGAAAAUAAUAAAUGUACGUCGCUCGACAGUGAAGUUGUAAUGUUUUUCAGGUGAUAAAAUCAUCGGUGAUUUACUUGAACUUACUGCGGACGGUAACUAAUUGAUUUUCUACGCUGACCCAUUCGUAAAAGUGGUAUACGAGAUUUUCUAGAUUCAAAGAUGACAGACAGAGAAUAUUUUUGUU